AGUGCCCCGCCAAAGGGCCAGUGAGGCUGAGCAGCUUGACACGCCCAGGCCGGCGCGAUACGUGGGCUGACUGACUGACUGACUGACGGCUUGUCUCUCCUCCAAAGCUUCAUCUCUUCGAUCUCUUCUUUCUCUUGUUGUCGCACCCGCAAGAAGCUUCAUUGACCGUGCACCGUGUGCGGGGCAGCAAACAUGUCAGGAUUCCAGGGGAGCCCGCCUCCGCCGCCCGGCGGUAACUACUAUCCGCGUGACGCCGCCUGCUCAGAUGGACCCGUCCCAGGGCCAGCAGCAGUACUUCUCGCCUCCACCCGGCGGCCAGCAGUAUCCUCCCCCGCCGGCAUCGAGCCCGCCGACCCACGGCCACUACCCGCCUCCGCCGGGCGGCGCACCACCACCGCAGUCGCAGCAGCACUUCUCGCCGCCCGAUGCCUCGCAGCAGCAGCAUUUCCCGCCGCCUGGGAGCGCGCCGCCCGCGCAACAGCCCCAGCAGCCCAUGAGUCCGUAUGGCGCCCCGAGCCCGAGCCCCCAUCCGGGCAUGCCGCCGCAGCAGAUGAGCCAGCAGAUGGCGCCGCAACAGGGACAGAUGCAGGUGCAGGCCAGCCAGCCGCAGUUUGCGGGCGCGGCGAGCACGCAGGCGGAUGACGUGGGCACCUUCAACGGCGGGAGCUACCGUGUCAGCCACCGGGACACGAACACCAUCCUCACGGUGCAGCUAGCCAUGGGGUGUCCGUUUACGGCGAAGCCCGGCGCCAUGAUUGCCAUGUCGCCCACCAUCACCCUCAAGGGCUCCAUCAAGUUCUCCCUCAAGAAGGCCCUCGUUGGCGGUGACAUGUCCAAAUCGAUGUAUACCGGCCCCGGCGAACUGCUCCUCGCGCCCGCCUCCAUCGGCGACAUCACCAUCAUCAAGCUCAGCGGGCAUGAGCAGUGGAGCGUCGGCAAAGACGCCUUUCUGGCGUGCACGCAGGGCAUCGUGACCGAGUACAAGAGCCAGGGGCUGGGCAAGGCCAUCUUCUCCGGCGAAGGCCUGUUCGUCUACAAGAUCAGCGGGCAGGGCAUUCUGUGGUGUACGAGCUUUGGCGCCAUCAUUCGCAAGGAUCUGCAAAAAGACGAAAAGUACUACAUCGACAACGGCCACCUCGUCGCGUGGAACUGCAAGUACGUCCUUGAGCGCGUGGCUUCCGGCGGCAUCAUCUCAAACGUCUCUUCUGGCGAGGGCCUUGUCUGCAAGUUCACUGGUCCCGGAACGGUCUUCAUGCAGACGCGAAAUGCGCAGGCAUUCUCGGCCUGGCUGACGGCGAAUGCGGCAGGCCAAGUAUAGGGAAUAGCGGAGGGCGAGACGGCGAAAAUUCCCUUGGUCAAUGUUAUUUCCAUUUGACGAUUAGUAGCGUGGAGUUGGGUUGGUGAACCGUUUCCAGUUCUCCCUGCCUCCUUUGGUCUUCUAGUUGCUUGAUUGAACGGGCACAAUUGGAAUUGCCCGGCAUAUUCGAGAGUAUGCAUCUUGGUUGCGUGAC